GCGAAUCAACGUAUUUACACUAAAGGUCGUGAUUUAUUUCUCCAGUCAACAGUCUAACGUAAUUAUGUCCGAAUUAGAGAAGUCAGCAAUAGAAAGUAAACGAAACUGAAGACGCUGAGGGUUUUAGGCUCGGUUUGUCACAGUUAAAAUGGGAAAGAAGAGGGGAAAGGACAAGACCUCCAAGGAGGAUGAUGAGCUUGACCUGACAGUUCCAUCCUGCAGGCAUAUUAAGAAGGGAACAGACCAAACUCUCCUCAAGAAACUUUCUGGUAACUCAGAUUGGACGAGUUGUCAGGAUUGUAAGCAGGAAGAAAAUAAAGAAAAUAUCAACAACCAUCUGCCACAGGAGGCUGAGGAGGAACAAGAAACAGGAUUGUGGAUGUGCUUGAAAUGCGGCCAUAGAGGAUGUGGACGAAAUUCUGAGAAUCAGCAUGCCAUCAAACAUUAUGAAACUCCUCGGUCUGAUCCACACUGCUUGGUGGUCAGCUUGGACAACUUUAGUGUGUGGUGCUACAUAUGUGAUGAUGAAGUCCAUUACUCCAGAACAGGGCAUUUGGCUCAGCUAGUAACCAACCUGAAAAAGCAAACAUCUUCAGAUUCUAUAAAAAGACCACAGAAAAGGGUCAAGGAGGAAGAUGUCUUGAUGGAAGCUAAACAGAAGACGGAGACUUUAAAAGAAGAUGAAAAUGAGGACAAGGAAAACAAAGAAAACGGGGAUCACCAGAAGAAAAACACAAAGAAAGAGGCUGUUGGGAAAUCUCAGAAGAAGAGCACAACUGAAGAGCGUUGUGGUGUUUCAGUAAAGGGUCUGAGCAAUCUGGGAAACACCUGCUUCUUCAAUGCAGUCAUCCAGAAUCUGUCUCAAACACAACUCUUAAGACAGACUCUCAACAAAGUGACAGAGGAGAAAAGUCUCAACAUUAAACCUGGUGCCUCCUUGGAUCUGGAGCCUAUAGAAGUGCAGUUAGACCGUCCCGGAUCUCUAACUUUGGCUAUGUAUCACCUACUCUGUGAGAUUCAGGAAUCGAAGAAGAGUGUAGUAACACCACGGGAGCUGUUCACACAAGUUUGUAGAAAGGCUGCCAGGUUCAAAGGAUUUCAGCAGCAAGAUAGCCAGGAGUUGCUGCGCUACCUGCUGGAUGGCAUGAGAGCUGAGGAGCACAAUAGAAUAAGCUCAGGAAUAAUGGACACAUUGAAACAAUCUAGAGAAGGCACAGAUGGAGAGCUGAAAACGCUGCUAAAAGAGUACGAGAAAAAUGGAUUUCUAAAAAACUUUGUUGACCAAGUUUUUGGUGGUGAAAUUACCAGCACUAUAAUGUGUCAGCAGUGUAGAACGGUUUCUGUGGUCACAGAGAUGUUUUUAGAUCUUUCCCUUCCUGUUUCUGAUGAGGCAUAUAGAAAGAAGAACCAAAAAAAGAAGACCAGUGCUUCAAGCCAGGAUGACAGCAGCAGCCCUGUUCGGACUAGUGGGAAUGAUGACAUUCCCACUGGGGCUGGCAGCAAGUACCAGCAGAAGAAAGCCAAGAAGCAAGCAAAGAAGCAGGCAAAGCAUCAAAAAAGACAGCAGAAGCUUGAGGGUAGAGCCACUUUGGACAGUCUCACCUCUCCGAGCCAGGCUGAGAGCGAACACACAGAUGCUACAGCAGAUUCAAAGGACAGGGAAAACACUGAUAAUGAAACACUUGAAGAAGAUUCACAACAUCCUGCUCAAGUCAGUGUGUCUGAAGAGGACCAAAAGCCCCAUAACGCAGUGCAGGUGGAGCAGGAAAAAGAAGAGGAUGAGGAUUCAGCGAGUGACCAUGACUCAUCAGUCAGCAACCGGUUUACUGCCUUAUCAGAGGAGCAGCACUCAAAGGACAGCACCGUAUGCAAUGAAAUGUCUAACAUGGGUCAGGAAGAAGACAAGACAGAAGAGGAAGACACACAGCUGGUGAGGAAAAUGAGUAAAGUAACCUUGGAUGAUGCCUUUAUAGAAGACACUGACGCAAUGGAACAAAGCAUGGAGAGUGAAGAUGGAGUGCUGGAGACUAAGGAAUAUACAGUAAUAAACCAAGAUCCAGAGCUGGCCUUCCACACGAUGGCUGCCAGGACAAUCCCAGAGAAACAGGAGUGUUCAGUGCAGUCGUGCCUUUUUCAAUUCACAGAAGUAGAAACCCUCACGCAAAACAACAGUUUACUUUGUGUCACCUGCACCAAACGGCAGCUGGGGAACAACAAGUCUGGAGGAUCCAAGAAGAAUAUCUACACUGAUGCCUUGAAGCAAAUCCUUAUCUCCUCUCCACCUUCAGUCCUUACUCUUCAUUUAAAGAGAUUUCAACAGAAUGGCUACAGUAUUUGUAAGGUGAACAGACACGUCACCUUUCCUUUCAUACUGGAUCUAGCUCCCUUUUGUGCAGUCAAAUGCAAGAAUAUCCCAGAGGGGCAUAAUCAGAUCUUAUACGGUUUGUAUGGCAUCGUAGAGCACAGUGGAACAAUGAGGUCAGGUCAUUACACGGCCUAUGUGAAAGUGCGGCCCGAGUGCCCUCAGCCUUCAUCCAAUGGACUUACAGAUGGAGAUGCAGAGUCACCCAGAGGAUCCUGGUUCCACAUCAGUGACACAAGCGUUCAACCUGUGAGUGAGAGUAAAGUCCAGAGCUGCCAAGCCUACCUCCUCUUCUAUGAAAGGCUCCUCUAAUUGUGCAUCACUACUCAGGAAAUCCAAAUAAACCAAGGCUGCUUCAGUUUCAUCUUUUAAGGGAUCUCAAAGAAUAUUUCCGCCUGUACCUGUUCUGACAGUGUCUGAAAUUGUAUGGCAGUGGCGGGGCAUUUUUAUCAGUCUCACACCAGUACAGAAAACGUAGUUGGACAAUGAAUUGACAAUAUGGAACUGGAAGUCACAGUUUCAGUAUAUUAAUGAAAGCUUGGGAUAGAUGAUAUGUAGAUAUAUAUUUUUUUCUUUUUUAAAUCAAUGUCAUGUAAUUAAAUGUUGCAAAAACAGAA